UAGUAAUAAAGUCAGUAUAAUCCAGUUGUUUGUGGAGUACUAUUUAAAUUGAUGUAGGUACCUAUAUAGUUGUAACUUACGCCGUGUUCGGAGUUUGGUGCCAAACAAAAUAAAGGAAGGAAUAGUAACAAUAACAUGCAAAAAUAAUUCUGAGUGUUGUUUAACGUGUGAAUGUAUAUUAUGCUUCAGAGUUGAAAUUUAUUUAAGAUGUGACACUAGGUAGUUCAAUGUUAUUUUUUACUGUGCCUCAGUGUUAAAAUUCUAUUGAAAUGGAAGAAUUACGAUCUAAACACAAGUCCAUCCAAAACGCGGCUCAUCAUAUUGCCUUGGAGUGUAUUCAUCCUCAGUAGCAAUGAAGACUCGAUUGCAUUGGAGCAAUAACAGCGUGGUUCACAUGGACUAUGAACAGUCGGCACACGGAUCCCCGUACCACGUUCACCCAUACCCCUCACCUGUCCGUCUCCAGCAUGCCUUUCAAAACCAGAGUCCGAAGAUGUUUCAUCCCAAGGGACUUAAACCGCAUCUCGAUUCCCGGGGCACACCCAACGACAGCCCGAUACUGGGCCGGGCGCUCUGCCUCACGCCUCGGGGAAGCCCUGUGCCCGGCCGCGUGUCCCACCUCAAUGACAAGUUCCAGGACUCCCUCACACUCACCUCGGACACGGAUGCGCUGGUCGCCAAGAUCAGUGCCAUGUUCCCCACUGUCAGUGAGACUCAUAUCAAGAUAUUGUUGAAGAAAUAUUACAAUAGAGAAGCGGUGGUGAUAAGCGCUUUGCAAGUGGAGAAGCAUCCGAUCACGACCCCGGGGCCGCUGACGAUGUCCCCGUCAGCGGCCAGACUGCAGAAGAGCGCCGUUGGGGUGUACUCCGCUGUGCAACUCGCCAAAGGCAUCUCGGGCUCCAUGCACGGCUCCAGUCAUUUCACCCCACUCACAGGGACGCCACAUGGCUCGCCGUCCCUGCUACGGCCGGCGUCCGGCGCUUCCAGCUACUAUGGCACGAACAGGUCGACCAUCACGGAGGGUCGGCAAUCGCCGAAGAUGAAACUCAAGUACAUGAAAAGCAUAUUCCCUAAAGCCGAAGAGACGCUAAUACUUGACAUUCUUGCGAACAAAGACAACAAUGUGCAGAAAGCGAGCGAGGAACUCAUCUCGAUGGGGUUUCAAAAGAAAGAGACAGUGAUCAUCAAGGAGAAGAAGAAGGAGAGAGAAACACCGCAGCCGCCGAAGAAAGUUGUCACCAUUAUGAGGACAUUGGAAGAAAAGAAUCAGCUAAAACAGAAGAUACAAAAAAAAUACAGCUCAAUAGCGGAUCGGGUUAUAUCGAUUGCUCUCGAGAGUGUCGACUAUAAUGAGGAAAGGGCUGAACAGAUCCUAUCAGCUGUCAUGCAGGAGGAAGAUGCCCCAAAGGUAACCACGACUUUGGAGGUGAAAGACCUGAGAAGACCUCUUGAUGUGAAGAAAGGUGUGAGUGCCGGCGAGGAGGCACGCGACCCGAGCCCCAUGGCCGCCGUCGCCGCGACGCGCCGCCUCAAGACUUGGACCGAGCACUUGAAACCUAUUUUGAAAUCGAGUACUAAUAAUGAGUCGAAACACAAGUCACAGUACAGCGUGCCGAAGUCGGGCCCCAACCCGACGCUCAGACAGGGGCCCAAGGAGGGAUUGCUUUUAUUGGACUACAUGGCGUGGAAUGGGCCAAAUCCAGACCUUCGAUCGGGGCAAGCAGUCAAGGCAGAGGGCCCGGAGUCCAGGGAUCGGACCGCCUCUAUUGCCCGCGGCCCUUCCGGCCUCGCCAAGGGCCCAGCUGGCUUGGCUAAGGGCUCCAUUUAUCAGAAACUUAACAAAAAGUCUGCUAAAAUUGUUGCCUGAAAGGAUGAAUUUUUGGAAAACUAAGGUGGUUUUUCAACAAAAUCGAGCCGUUAAUUUGUUGUUGUAAAGGACAUCAGUCGUAAAUGUGAUGUUUGAAUCCAGGCCCGGAAACAUUAAAUGUACCUCUAAUGAUUGGCAAAAAUGUUUUUAAUCCAUUGCUUCUUUCAAUUUCACUCUUUAAGCUAUCGAUUUCGAUAAUGCCGCCUUUCACGUCCACCGAGCCUAAUUUUUAAGCAUUCUCCUUUUAUAAUGUCGUACUUUAGAAUAAUACUUGAUUGUGUUGUGUAUACGUUAGAUACCUAAAAAUUUAAUGAUUACUUUAUGUCUGAUUUGAGGCUGAAACUUGUCACAUAAAAAAAUAUCGGCUUAUUAAUUUAAAUAAAGAUGUGUUUUAUAUCGCGAUAAAUUAAUAAGUCAGCGAUUGUGUCGUGAUCCAGUCAACAAAAAAAACUGCCCUGUUUAUCGCUUUUCACCUCAAAAUGAAUAAUGUCCUUGAUAUAGACUUAAUUUAGUGUAGUAAUCAAUCUAAAUACGUAUCAAAUCAAGAAAAUAUAACAAAAAAUUGUAGAUUACAUAAGUUUUGGAAUAGGUGAAUGCCUAUGUUAUUGUAUUGUAUAGAUGAAAGCAAAAAAAGCACUUGAUAAAGUACAGAAAAUUUAUAUUACGAUAGUGUUUAAUACAUAUUUAGUGAUACAGAAAAUCUUUUUGGGUAAUAAAUAAUAUGUAAAAUAGAACACAAGAUAUUAACGUUACAAAUAACUACAUACAUCAAUUUUUAGAUCAUUAUUAACUUUAUAUAUUUAAUAAAGAAAAUUAUUUUAUAUAGAAAAGGUCAAGCCAAAAACAAACUUCCGGUCUGAAUAUAGGCACCGUGCAGUUUAAAAAAAUAUAUAUUUUUAAGAUUCGCCAAAUAAUAUCACAUUGAUUACUCUUAAUAUCCUUUGAAAUGGGCCAUUUUGCAGUCAGUUUUAAACUUAUGUAUUUACUAAUCUGUAUCUGUCUAAUUUCGAGAUUGUUUUGUGAUAAACGUAGUGUUAGUCAUACCACAAUAAAUUUUGUGGUUAUUAUCCUUAAAUUCGUUCGAAUAGUCACCGAUAACCACACAUUUUUAGUAUGUACACGUUUUAUAUAUUAAAAACAAGCAUUAUUUAUAUAAUUAUCACUGUAGUCACAAUAGUUAUUUGUGGUUC